CCAGAAAACACAAUCCCUUAUCAAAAUGCCAACAUCGUUUUUCAUAAAAAUUAACAUUUUGAUUCUUACAUUUCUGUAGAAAUACAAGACUCAGAAUAGUCUAAACAACUUUGAUAAAGGAACAAAAUUAGAGCUCCAGCUCUCCCCAAUCCCACGACUUAUCUCAAAGUUACACCAAUCAUGACAAACCACCAGGGUACCAAUAUAAAUACCCAUGUAACAGACAAUUGACUUCUGGCAAAGAUGCAAAAGCAAUUAAGUGGAGAAAGGAUUUCAUCUUCAAUAAAUAUACUGGAACAACUGGAUAGCCACAGGCAAAAAGCCCAAACCUUAUAGCGCAUCUAAAAUUUCUGAAGACAUCCAAAAAUCAACUCAAAAUCGCUCACGGUGGGUUAGUUAAAAUGAGGGCAGGUGUGGGCUGAGUUGUUUUGAGUGAAGUCAUUUUCUCUGGGACAAAAUAAUGUUUUUUCUUUCAGCAUGUCACACUAAUGAAACAAUAUGAUGUUUAUACAUGAGUGACAUUUAUUUCACUAAUAUAUAUGCAUCCAAAGCACAUCCAUUUACCUAUAAAAAUGUCGUUUAUCAUUCCUUAUGGCUGAGUAGUAUUCCACUGUAAAGAAAUACCACAUCUUUCUUAUCCAUUCCUCAGUUGAUGGGCAUUUAGGUUUUUCAUGGGCAUUUAGGUUUUUUCCAAGACUUGUCUAAUAUAAACUAUGCUGCUAUAUACAUGGGUAUAGUAUCAUUGUGGUAUGUUUUUAAUUUUGUCUUUUUGAGACAGAGUCUUGCUAUGCAGUUUAGGCUGGUCUUGGGCUCACUUUGUAGCCCAGACUGGUCUCCAACAUAAUGAUCCUCCUGCCUCAGGCUCCGAGUGCUGGGAUUACAGGCAUGCAUUACCACACCUGGCAUGUUUUUCUUUUGGGAAGAUACCCAGAAGGGGCCUAACUGGGUUGAAUGGGACCUCCAAUCCUGGUUUUGGGGGUUUUUUGGUACCGGGGAAUUGAACUCAUGACCUUGCACUUGCAAGGCAGGUGCUUAUGCUGUUGAGCUAGAUCCCCAGCCCCUAAUCCUAGUUUGUUGAGGAAUCUCCACACUGAUUUCUACAAUGGUUGUGCCAGUCUGCACUCCCACCAACAGUGGAGAAGGGCUUCUUUCCCCCACAACCCCUCCAGCAUUUGUUAUUGCCUGAUUUCUUGAUGGCAGCCAUUCUUUCUGGGGUGAGCUGGAAUCUCAGGGCUGUUUUAAUAUGCAUUUCUCAAAUGACCAGUGAUGGUGAACAUUUCUUCACAUGUUUGCCAUUUGUAUAUCUUCAUCUGAGAAGUGUGUGUUUGUCUCAGAUGUCCAUUUUUUGAUUGGGUCUUUAAAUCUGGGAGGACUGACUUUUUUGAGUUCUUUAUACAUUCUCAAUAAUAAUCCUUUGUCUAAGGAACUGCUGGCAAACUUUCUCUCUCACAUUGGGGCUGGCUCUUCACUCUGGUGGUGGUUUCUCUUGCUGUGCAAAAGCUUUUCAGUAGGAUGACAUCCAAUUGUUGAUCCUUUGUGAUAGUUCCCAUGCACUCUGGGUUUUAUUCAUGCAGUCUUUGCCUGCACCCUCCUCAUUUCCUUGACAAUGCUAUAUUUCAGUGUCUGGACACUACAUCGGUUGUUUUGAGAUCAGGUUUCACUAUGCGGUUCGGACUGCCUUCACCUCUUUGUAGCUCACACUGGCAGUAAUUCUCCUGCCUCAGCCUCCUAAGCGCUGUAUUAGGGUGUAUGUCACCUCACCUGACUCGCAUCCCCCGUCUUUUUAAGACAGGGUCUCACUGUGCAGUUUGGGCUGGUCUUGGGCUCACUUUGUAGCCCAGGCUGGUCUCGAACUCGCAACGAUCCUCCUGCCUCAGCCUCCCGAGUGCUGGGAUUACAGGUGUGAGCCACCAUGCCCGGCUUGCAUCCCGUCUUUAGGGUGAUAGGCCAAAGACAAUGGAAGUUGGGGGUGUUAUAAGGAAAUGAGGUGUAAGGGAUAGAAAGUGCGUAUUCUGCCGGGCAUGGUGGUGGUGGACCCCUACCGUCCCUGCCCGUGGGAGGCUGAGGUGGGAGGAUUGCUCAGUUUGAGGCCAGCAGCUUCUUUAAGCUAUGGAUUCACAGCACCCCGGCUCUCCCGACUUCCUAAAUCAGUUUUCUUUGCCAGAUGACCAGUGAGAGCGGUUCAAGACUUUAAGCAGCAGGACCAGUUGAGGUGCAGGCCCUUUGGACAGCGGGUUGGGGAGGGCAGCACUAUCAUCAAUGGCCACAAGGUGGCAGCAGGGAACAGCAUAGGGAAACAAGCCUGGCAAGGGUCAGACCAGACAGGCAGACCUGGGGACCCGGCUAUGGCAGGAAGUGGGGGACCUGCAUUGCACAGCAGGACCUUAUUUGCCAGCUGGCGCCUGUGAUCCUGCGAGUGCUGCUUUCAGUAUCAGGUAGCUGUGGAGUUUCCUCUUCACCGGACUCUGCUGACAGGAACGGCGUCAGCGUGGCCAUGGGCAGGCUGUGGGUGGUGACAGGGACAGUGUGUUUCACAUGGGUGAGUAUGGAAGCCAAGGAGCGUCCGCCUCCAUAGACAUGGUCAUCAAGCAGUCUUGCCGUAAAGUGCAGCUGACUCAAAGGGCACCACCGGCGUGUGUGGAAAGCACAUCCCUGUGCCUGCUGGGGCGUGUCUCCAGGUGCUGUCCGGAGCCCGUAUCUCUUAGAGAGAGUGGGUCUGCAGCUGGGCAGCUGGCUGAAGACUGGGCAAAGGAUGCUGGGACGGGGUGUGGGCCGAGAGCCCAGGAUGGGGCAGCUGCCUCAGCCACAGCAGGGGCGGACAGGAGGAUUAGGUGACAGUCCCCUUCCCAGCCCGGAACUAACGCCCUCCUCCCCGGCACACAGGCACCCAAGUGAGCCAGAGCUCAGAAUAACUCAGAGAAGCGGACAGCAGGAUGACAGGGGCUCUGCUGGGCGUCCUGUUCCUCUUGGGGUUGCUUGGCAGAGGGCAGACCAAGAACCAGGAGCUGAGUCUUUAUCACCAUCUCUUCGACAACUAUGACCCAGAAUGCCGGCCAGUGAGGGGGCCGGAGGACACGGUCACCGUCAGCCUCAAGGUCACCCUGACCAACCUCAUCUCCCUGUAACCUCUCUGCUGCAGAACGAGAAGGAGGAGACCCUCACCACCAACGUGUGGAUUGGGAUCGACUGGCAGGAUUACCGACUCAACUACAGCAAGGACGACUUCGGGGGUGUGGAAUCCCUGAGGGUCCCUUCCAACCACGUGUGGCUACCAGAGAUCGUGCUGGAAAACAAUAUUGACGGUCAGUUCGACGUGGCCUACGAUGCCAACGUGCUGAUCUACGAGGGCGGCUACGUGACCUGGCUGCCCCCCGCCAUUUACCGCAGCACCUGCGCCGUGGAAGUCACCUACUUCCCCUUCGACUGGCAGAACUGCUCGCUCGUCUUCCGGUGGGAGGGUUACUCGGCGCCCCCUCCUCAUCGUGGGGGGCCUGGCGGGGGCUGGCCAGACAGGGACGCGACCUCCGCACCGCAGCUGGUGUUCAAGGUCGGCCUCAGUCCCGGCUGCAGGGAGGCUGAGUCAGGAGGAGCGCUGGGCCGGGCGUGGGAGACAAGCCUGGGCAAGGCGGCCAGAGCCGUCUCAAUAACGGCAGGAAGGGCUGGGAUGAGACUCGGACCCAGGAUCACGAGAAACAAGACACGGAGUAGGGAGGGAGUUAAGGUGCGCAGACAGGACCAGGGCAGAGGGUGGGGCCUUCGCAGGUGCAAGCUGCCGGGUGGCCGUCCUGCUUCCUUCACAGCUCGCAGACUUACAGCGCCAAAGAAGUGGAGUUCGUCUUCGCUGUGGACGACAGCGGCGACCCCAUCGACAAGAUCGACAUCGACACCGAGGCCUUCACUGGUGACAGCUCCCCCCUGCCCUGCCCUCCCGGCCCUGCCCGAAGCGCCGGCUGGCAGGGUCCCGCUCAGGGGCUCAGGGGCGGGCCGCCCGCUCUCACUAGCACACACGCAGCCUGGCUGUCAGCGGCCCAGCUGCCCGCCAGUCGGUCUCCUCGCUGGGGCCUUCCCCACACCCGCCCCGGGACGCCCCUUCCACCGCAUCCCCACCCCGCCGGGCCUGGAGGGCCAGCAGGGGGCGCCCCGGCCGACCGCGCCUCCCUCCGCAGAGAACGGCGAGUGGGCCAUCGACUUCUGCCCGGGGGCGAUCCGCCACCACCGGGGCGGCGCUGCGCACCCCCAGGGGGAGACGCACGUGGUCUACACGCUCAUCAUCCGCCGCAAGCCGCUCUUCUACGUCAUCAACAUCAUCGUGCCCUGCGUCCUCAUUUCCGGCCUGGUGGUGCUGGCCUACUUCCUGCCGGCGCAGGCUGGUGGCCAGAAAUGCACCGUCUCUAUCAACGUCCUGCUGGCCCAGACUGUCUUCUUGUUCCUAAUUGCUCAGAAAACCCCAGAGACAUCUCUGAGCGUGCCGCUGUUGGGCAAAUACCUCAUUUUCGUCAUGGUGGUCGCCACGCUCAUUGUCAUGAACUGCGUGAUUGUGCUCAACGUGUCUCUGCGGACGCCCACCACUCACGUCACGUCCCCGCGGCUGCGCCACGUUUUACUGGAGCUGCUGCCGGGCCUCCUGGGCUCGGCGCCGCCCUCCGAGGCUGCCAGAGCUCCAGCGCCCCCCAGGCGGGCGUCCUCCGUGGGCAUACUGCUCCGCGCGGAGGAGCUGAUCCUGAAAAAGCCGCGCAGCGAGCUCGUGUUCGAAGGGCAGAGGCACCGGCACGGGGCCUGGACGGGUGAGCACCGACCUGAGCAGCAGACCGGGCAUCCGCCGCGGGGGCCGCUCGGAAUGACCCGGCCCCGUCGCCCCACCAGCUGCCCUGUGCCAGAGCCUGAGCCUCGCGGCCCCCGAGAUCCGCUGCUGUGUGGAUGCUGUGAACUUCGUGGCCGAGAGCACGCGGGACCAGGAGACGAUCAGCGAGGUGGGUUAGGAGCCAGCGGACUCUGCCGGGCACCACAGCCACCCGCCCGGGGACUCAGCCGUGCCUCUCUUCCAGGAGGUGUCCGACUGGGUGCGCAUGGGCAAGGCCCUUGACAACGUCUGCUUCUGGGCCGCCCUGGUGCUCUUCAGCGUGGGCUCCGGCCUCAUCUUCCUCGGGGGCUACUUCAAUCAAGUGCCCGCGCUGCCGUACCCGCCCUGCAUCCAGCCGUGAACCGGGCUGCAGGCCGCACUCCCGCCCACACUGGCAGGACAUGGGGUUUGAGAAACAAGCUGCUGCCCCUGAGCACCGGCUUCUCCCCCUGCUGACAAUGAACUCUACGAACUUCCAGUGGGGCUUGAGCGUGCACAUGCGGGCUGGCGUGGCCGCGUGCUGGGGUCAGAAGCCCGAGCCAGGGGACCCUCCGCCCGAAUCCUCAGAGAGCGGAGCUUCGCUGCUCCCCUCCCUCCCCGCUGCUCCUGGCCUUUUCCUGGAGAUGGGGUCUCACCGCGUAGCUACGCUUGCUGGCCUUGAAUGCACUGUGUAGCCCAGGCUUGCCUUUAGCUCUUACUGCCUCAGUCUUUAACUGCUGGGAUUAUAAACUCUCUAGGUCUGUGAGCUUCUAGACAA